AAAAAUGACACUUCGAAUGUGACGCAUAUUUUAUCGCCACAUGUUGGAGUACAAAAGUAAGCAUGCUGCGACCGUAGAGCAUCGUCUCGGUCCAGCUUGUGCGAAGAUAGCAGUGACGUCACAUGAUUACAUUCAAACUGAAUGUUUACAUACGUGAUGAGGCUGCCUUGUUUUUUGUAUGCCGUGGUUGUCAUCGUUGUCAUGCUCUCAUAAAGCAGCAUAAAAUAAUACGAUCGAAUCGAGUGAAGUUUCGUAUCAAAAACACCAGAAAUCUUCCUCAUCACAAGGGCUGAGAACGGAUCCACGCAACUACGAGCGAUGAAGAAACAAGCGAAAAAUCUGCUCCUGGACAAACUGCACCGAGGCGUCGUGUACACCUGCAUGGGACUCACGUUGUACGGAACGUACCUGCUCGGCCACCGGGUCUAUCGUCACUUCACCGUCAUCAAACCGGCUAUUCUGGCGGAAGAAAAGAGAAUGUUAGAAGCCGGUGCUGGGUCGGGUCCGACCGUAACCCUGGACACUGCUCCCACGCUGAAGACGUAGGGGUAUGAAUUUUCGAACCAUUACGCUGAGUGAGUGUGUGCGCGCGCGGGAUGUGUUUCAGAUAGGAUAAUUUUGUGUUGCUGAUGUAGGCUUUCGGAGAAUAAAUUACGUAACUAAGGUGCAUAAUUGCGUUAAGAUUC